ACUUACACCACGCAUGUCUCAUCCUUCCUGCUCGCCACUUUCACAGUCGAGACACGCUCGGUCCUUUUCUCGUCACCUGUUAUCGCCCUCAAUGUCGGCCGACGCCCAGCGGCCCCGCCCCAAGCACGCAUGUGAGACCUGCAAGACUCGCAAGAAGAAGUGCAACAAGAGCGUCCCGGCAUGUAGCUACUGUAUACUGAAAGAUCUCGAAUGCCGCUAUGUUCCGCUUCGCCCGAGGCGGGUGUACGCGACCCCAGACACGAGCGAUUUAUCGCAUACGGCAACAUAUCGCGAGGGAAUCGGUGCAGAUACUGUGUACGAUCAGACACUGUCAGAUCCCGCGGGGGCUCAGGUCGCAGCUUCAAGGCACACUGUAUACCGUCCACGAUUCGAAAGCCUCGACGACGUCCACAUCGAGGUCCAAAGGAUCAUCCACUCAACGGCAGAGUUUGUAGACGACCUCACCUCUCUCUAUUUCCGUACCUUGCACGUCCAUCUCCCCAUAAUCUCCCGCUCGCGGUUCCAGCGCAGCAUCCUCGCCACGGGAUCGGCGCCUGCUCCUGAUUUCUCCGUUCUUCUUCUCACCAUCUGCCUAAACUCAUACAUACCAAGUCCCGGUCACCGCGUACAAGAGGGGGGAGUCGCUGGCAUUACACGACGGCGUCUGUACCUAUCCACCAAGGCUCUUCUAGCACAGGUCCAGGGAUCCAUGCAGCCUUCGGUGCCGCUGAUACAAGCUAGCCUGCUGCUUGCCAUGUAUGAAUACGCCAGUGGGAGGGCGGAUGCUGCCUUGGCUACGGUUGCGGCGUGUGCGCGGAUGGCAUACGCUGCUGGUAUCCAUACUAGCCGACGGGAUAUUGUGGAUGCCACGUCGAGACCGGAAGCUGCAGAGGCUUGGAAUCUGUGGUGGGGUGUUGUGAUUUGUGAACGCACGUUCAUGUGCGAGGCAGCCGCCCCUGAGCAGCCACUAACCACCACAUUUCCAACCGACGACGCGUCCCUCCCAGUAGAGCGGCAUGUGCUGGAUCAGGGAGACCUUGUUGAUCCGGGCUUGGUGCCUAAUAUGCCCCUCUUGUCCAGUCUAACAGAACCCAAUGUUGGGGGGUUCGCCCGCGCAGCUCAAGCGUGUUGUCUCCUGGACCGGAUAUUCGAGGCGAUGGGAAUUGCAGAGAUCAACACUCGGCUUCCUCGUCUUGAGAGUCUCGAUAAAAGCCUACAGUCAUUCUUAUCCCUUAUUCUAAGCCGUGGCCCAGCCAAGUCAUGGCAUCAUUGCACGGCAUUAGCCAUGACGCUCAGAUCCCUCUUCAUACUCCACGGCCAUAUCCUCAGUAUCCCUCGUGAAAUUAGAUGCAUCAGCUCCCGAUCCCUCGACGAAUGGAAGCAGAGCUCGCUAGCGGCACUCGAUACCGCGACGACGAUGGUCCUCGAUAUGGCCAACUGGCAUUAUGACGUCCUUCCGCCGGAUCGGCCGAGUGAUAUCUCGCCAAUGCAGAUUUACGUAGUCCAUGCGACGCUGCAGCACUUGCGUACUAGAGUGCAUGGUGGAGACUCUGGCUCUGCGCCUGUCUGGCCCACCACUGCGGAGGAAGAUCUUGGGAGGUAUUUGGGGAGGAUCCAGUUUCAGUGGGUUUCUUCAUGAGCGUUUUCGAGAUCUAUGCUUUAUAGUGGGAUUCCUAUAACUAGAUGUCCCAGUGGUCCAUGGUAUACGUCCAACGUUCAGCCCCUGUUCAUUCAGUCGCCAAUUGUGCCCUCGUGCCCACCCACAUCUAUCUAUCUAGCAAUCAAUCAUUCCUUACAAAUGAAUAUGCGUCUUAACCACACUCUCCCGG